GGGAGCCGAACGCGCAUUUAAAGCGAUAGCCAUCCUCGCUCUCUCCCCAGUGCUGGGCUGUUGGAGAGCUCGAGCUGCAAGCCACCGAGCGCGAGCUCGAGCGCGGCGCGCUGGCCGGGGAACCCAAGAGCGCACGGCGCCCCAAGCUGGCAGGCGCCGCGGGACCCCCCACCCCACCCUCGCCGGCUGCCCUUCCCCGGGCGCCCCUACCCUCCUCGCCCGCAGGAGACCCUGGGCUUUCCCGGAGGAGCUCACCCCAAGGGGCCAGGACUCCGGCGAGCCCGCCACCGUCCCCUCGAGUGCCGCCGCCACCACCGCAGCCGCGGGAGCAGCAUGGUCCAGCUGGGGAAGCUGCUCCGCGCCCUGACUUUGAUGAAGUUUCCCUGCUGCGUGCUGGAGGUGCUUCUGUGCGCGCUGGCGGCGGCGGCUCGCGGCCAGGAGAUGUACGCCCCGCACUCCAUUCGGAUCGAGGGGGACGUCACCCUCGGGGGGCUGUUUCCGGUGCACGCGAAGGGUCCCAGCGGAGUGCCCUGCGGCGACAUCAAGAGGGAGAACGGGAUCCACAGGCUGGAAGCGAUGCUCUACGCCCUGGACCAGAUCAACAGCGAUCCCAACCUGCUGCCCAACGUGACGCUGGGAGCGCGGAUCCUGGACACUUGUUCCAGGGACACUUAUGCGCUCGAACAGUCGCUCACUUUCGUCCAGGCGCUCAUCCAGAAGGACACCUCCGAAGUGCGCUGCACCAACGGCGAGCCUCCGGUUUUUGUCAAUCCCGAGAAAGUAGUUGGAGUGACUGGGGCUUCGGGGAGUUCGGUCUCCAUCAUGGUAGCCAACAUCCUGAGGCUUUUCCAGGUAGGGGGGCGCUCCCUCCGGGGCAGAGCGCGCCGUAGCUCCCCGCGCUCUUUAUCCUGAAGGCUGGCUUGGACUCCA